UUCCGGCUUCUCUCCGCACGGGAUUCCUUCACAGAUCUCUCCACAUGUGCACCUGUUUUUAUCAGAGUUUAGUCCGUGCACCCGGUCGUUUGCCUCCGUGUCUCCUCUCUCCACUGUCCCGGGUCUUCGGUUCACUGUCCCGGUCCAGCGCGAGCCAUGAGCGCCGUGAUCCCGCGCAUUGAGCAGCUGUCCUCUCGGGUCGUGCGGGUUCUGGGCUGUAAUCCGGGGCCCAUGACUCUGCAGGGGACCAACACCUACCUGGUGGGGACGGGGGACAGGCGCGUGCUCAUAGACACGGGGGAGCCCUCUGUCCCUGAGUACAUCUCAAACCUGAAGCAGGCUCUGUUUCAGUUCAGUAGCAGCAUCCAGGAGAUCAUCGUGACCCACUGGCACCACGACCACACAGGAGGAGUGCAGGACAUCAGCAGAGACAUCACAGGUUCUGGGGUUAAAGUGAGCAAACUUCCUCGUGCUGACGGCUCUAACGAAUCAUUGGGGAAUAAGAACUACACUUAUUUAAAAGAUGGAGACUUGGUCCGAACGGAGGGCGCCACUCUCAAGGUGCUGUACACUCCAGGACACACAGACGACCACAUGUCAUUGCUCUUGGAGGAGGAGGGGGCGCUGUUCUCUGGGGACUGUAUCCUGGGAGAGGGCACGGCGGUCUUUGAAGAUCUGUAUGAUUACAUGAAGAGUCUGAACAUUCUCAUGCAACAGGGGGCGCAACUCAUCUAUCCUGGUCACGGUCCGGUGGUGCAGGAUGCUGUCUCAAAGAUCCAGCAGUAUAUCGCUCACAGAAACCAGAGAGAGGAGCAGAUCCUGGAGGCCGUGAGAGGAGCAGAGAGGGGCAGCACCUCAAUGGAGCUUGUCAAGGAGGUCUACAAGGACACUCCCGAGUAUCUGCACAAAGCGGCAGAGGUGAACCUGCUGCACCAUCUGAAGAAGCUACAGAAGGAGGGAAAGAUCUGCCUGGUGAAUGAACUCUCCUCUAACGCCUUAUGGAAGAGUAACCUGUGAAAGUCUAAUGAGGAAUCUAACCUGCUAAAUAUGUAAAUGAGAUUUUGGUAGUAAUUUAUAUUUCUGUGUGAUCGUUUGUCUGAAAUUCAAGAAAUGAAAGAAUGUGCCAUUAAAACCAUAACUUUGUGUGAACUCCUAGUGAAUAAAGUAUCCAAGAAUUUAAUCUAAAAAUAUAUUUUACAAAAUAAAAA